AUGGCGAUGAAAUCCGAUGGAAAAUCUCCACCGACCAAACUUAUCGGCAAACCCUAUGCCUCCUCCACCGAAGCUAUUUCCGUGUUCCUUGAUAUUCAGAUUUCUGCUUUAGGGAUAAGAUGUGAAUAUAGAGCCAAAAAAAAGAAACUGAAACUACGAGAAAACUGGAGGGAGAAGUCCAAACCUAUACCACCAGGAGGCACUUAUCCAGCCAAAGAUCAUUGCAGAGGAUGCGGGCAAUGUGACACCAACUAUAUAGCCCAUGUGAAGGAUGCAUGUGCUUUUCUUGGAGAUGGAAUGUCAAGGAUUGAGAGCUUGGAACCUGUUGUUCCUGGUAGAGGAAGGAAACCAGAUUCCUUAGAAGAUACAUACUUUGGGGUCCAUCAAGAGCAGCUCUAUGCUCGUAAGCUGAAGCCUGUUGAAGAUAAUUUUGAGUAUCUUCGGGAUAGUUUACUGAAUUUGAGCAACCUCUCUUGGUUUAGAUUGUCUUUGGCAGGAGGAAGCGUGACAUCCGAUGAGAAAACCUCAGAUCCAACCUGCAUCACUCUAGAGGAUUACAUGGUCCAAACCUUAAACGGUGAUAAAACUGUGUAA